AUGGCCGCCGUAGUUUCUCGCCAUCGGUGUCUCAAUGGCCACCCUUGGUCAUCACCAUUCAAGGUCUUUUUGCUCCAGGGCACCACCUCUUCAAACCCUUCGGCCGCUCGACGGACAUUUGCCACCACGACCGACGACGUCCCAACAACAAAGCCACGGGUGCGCGCAACUACGUUCGCUGACAAACUCAACGCCGGUCCUUCGUUUUCAGACUUUGUGUCGGGCAGAGACGAGCCCCUAGAUCCUGCCGAUGCCUAUGCGCUGAAGACUGCGCUAGUAGGCCCAGAAGGGAAAAAGAAACAAAUCACCCGCCUGCCUUCGUGGCUCAAGACCUCGAUCCCAGAUAGCGCAAACUAUAAGAAGAUAAAGAAUGAUCUCAGGGGCCUCAACCUACACACGGUGUGCGAGGAAGCUAGGUGUCCCAACAUUUCCGAGUGCUGGGGUGGAAGCAGCAAGUCCGCAGCAACGGCGACCAUAAUGUUGAUGGGCGAUACCUGUACACGAGGCUGUCGAUUCUGCAGCGUCAAGACAUCCAAGACGCCUCCGCCGUUGGAUCCCCACGAGCCCGAGCACACGGCAGAAGCACUGUCACGAUGGGGCCUGGGGUACGUUGUCAUGACCGUCGUGGACCGCGACGAUCUGCCAGACGGCGGUGCGCACCAUCUCGCCGAGACGAUUCGAAAAGUCAAGGCCAAAGCACCUUCGAUCUUGGUGGAAUGUUUGACAGGAGAUUACGCCGGCGACCUUGAAAUGGUCAAGUUGGUGGCCACGUCUGGUUUGGAUGUGUAUGCCCACAACGUUGAGACCACCGAGGCGCUCACCCCUCAAGUCCGGGAUCGCCGCGCAACGUUCAGACAAUCUCUAAGCGUCUUGAGGGCCGCCAAAGAGGCCAAGCCGGAAUUGAUCACAAAGACGUCCAUGAUGCUCGGACUGGGCGAGAAGGAGGAGGACGUUUGGGCAGCCCUCCGGGAUUUGCGAGCCAACAAUGUUGACGUGGUCACAUUCGGCCAGUAUAUGCGUCCCACGAAAAGACACAUGGCCGUGCAUGAGUAUGUCACUCCCGAUGUGUUUGAGCAGUGGAGAGUCAGAGCGCUUGAAAUGGGCUUCCUCUACGUGGCCAGUGGUCCGCUGGUUCGAAGCAGUUACAAGGCCGGUGAGGCCUUUAUUGAGAACGUUUUGAAGAAAAGGCGAGCCGGUCGAGCUGAGACGGCCACGGCAGAUAUUGCUGGCGAUAUCCCCGUGAACAGUAUCCAGUUGGGCAAGGUUUGA